AUGUCUAUGGAGUUGACUAAACUUCCCUGGCAAGAAGCGGCUCCAGACAAGCAACAUCCUCCUCAAUCUCUACCGCCUCCAAGGACUGCCCCGAAGAAGCUCAAGGAGAGCUGCGAUACCUGUGCACUUUCCAAAGUGAAGUGCAGCAAAGACCAACCAAUAUGUGUGCGCUGCGCAAUCCGCCAACUGCCUUGCAAUUACAGCCCCUCGAGAAGAAUGGGAAAGCGGCGGGCCUCGCCUCCUGUACGGGUGGACACAAUUACUCCAGAUUCGACUCCUUCACCUCAUGAAGCUCGCUCGAAUGAAUCCCCCGGAAUCCGGCGAGCGUUGUCUUCCGACGCUGUUCUUCCUCUUGCCCUGAACAUCCAUGAAUCCGAGAUGCAGGUAGACAGCGACGUUCUUGCAGGGCCCCUGUCGAUGUUCAGCCCUGAGCUCGACAGUACCCUCUAUGGGCCACCCUCCACCGGACCGCAUGAUCCGGCUUGUCUGGUUCCGUCUGACAUAUGUAUGAUGGAUCAAUCGAGUGAUACCGCGUCGAUCCCAUCCAGCUUCGAUGAUGUCAGUUCGCUCAUGACAAUGCUCAAUCAGCCUCCGCCUAGCGUCUCUCCGCCGACUUUUCAUGAUCCUCUUCCACUACUUCCACAUAUCAAAACCUGCGCCGAGGAACCGCAAGAUCACAUGCGCCUUGCACUGAGUCUCUUGCACAGCCUACAUAUGCCGCCUUCAUCACCUCCAACGCCCUCAGGUCCCUUGAGUUCGGCUGGUUGUGCACCAACAAUAGAUUACGUUUUGGCGAACAAUAAGUCUAUCAUGGCUACUCUCAGCGCCAUUCUUACCUGCCCAUGCUCCCUCGACUCUCAGUUGGCUCUCGUCCUAACGCUUAUCGCUUCCAAAGCCCUCGCCUGGUAUGGGGCUGCAGCCCGCCAUGACAGUAGUAAUUCGGGCGCUGCUGAACGUGUGCUACAAUUGCCCAUGACUGUGGGGAAAUACCAACUUGAUGGUGAUAAUGAAGGAACAAUGCGCGCGCAAUUGGUUUUGAGCGAGCUUCACAACGUGGGACGAAUUGUUGAACAAUUUGGAAAACGUUUCUGUGACGACGUGGAGAACGCGGAAGAGGAUAAGAGGCCGAGUAGUACCAUGUGUGCUGAGUUGAAACGCUUCUUGUUGGAAAGGUUACGAGCGACUACAAAGGAUACCGUGAAUCUGAUGAGGAACGAGUAA